UCUUUGAACUAGUAUAAAGUCUACGGAGUGAGUAUACGGAGAAAGUAGGUGGUUCAUUAAUAGAACCACACCCAAAAACAAAAUGGAGUCCAAGAACACAUUAAUCCAAUCGACUGCUGGAGCUGUUCCAGUUCGAAAUGAGAAAGGGGAACUGAGGAUGGAGAAGGUUAAAGUGACGAGAUAUGUGUCUGGAAAGAGACCAGCCUAUGCCCAAGAGGAGAGCUCCAGUGACUCCAAUGAAGAGAGUGAGGAGGAGGAGGAGGAGAAGCAAACUAUUAAUAAUAUUGAUAUUGAAACUGCACAAGAAAGGCUCAACCGGCAGAGGCUGUUGUACAGUGAGAGUGAGUCGGAGGAGGAGGAGGAGGAGGAGGAGGAGGAGGGAGUGGGUGGAGUCUCAGGAGAGGAAGGUGAUGAUGAGGAAGUGGAGCUUAUUCAACGUAAAGCAAUGAAGGAACACCUCGAGGAACGACAAUUGAUACUAUUGGAGUCUGAUGAUGAAGAAAAAGAUGAUGAUGAUGAUGAUGAUGAUGAUGAAGCCAUUGACAGGAGAAGAGAGUUGAUGAGAGAAAGAGCCAAACUGAGAACACAGGAAGAAUUAUUAGCUGAUGGACCCGAGGAAGAUGAACAAGAAAUAAUUAAAAAAGAAGAGAGUGAAGAAUCCUCAGAAUAUGAAGAUUACAGUGAUUCUGAUAAUGAACAGGAUUUAAGACUCAAACCAGUUUUUGUUAGAAAAACUGACAGAGUGACCAUCAAAGAUGAGAGAGCUCUUGAACAGGAAGAUAAAAGGAAGGAGAAGGAACGUAAAGUGAUGGAGGAGAAAAGAAAGAAAGAAAGUAAUAGACUAUUACAACAAGCAAUCACUGAGGACCUGCAGCAAGAACAAGGAGUUGAUAGGCUAGAGGAGGUUGUGAAUACUGAUAAUGAGAAUGAGGAGGAGGAGUAUGAGGCAUGGAAGAUUAGGGAACUUCAGAGGAUCAAGAGAGACAGAGAGGAACUGGAGCAACAGCGUAAAGAAAGGGAAGAGAUGGAGAGGGUUAGGAAUAUGUCAGAAGAACAAAGGCUGUCCUGGCUUAAGAGCAAUCCUAAAACCAUUACUAAUUCUCAAGUGAAAGGAAAUUACAAGUUUUUACAGAAAUACUACCACAGGGGAGUCUUCUAUUUGGAUGAAGAAGAUGAAGUUUUUAAAAGAAAUUUUGCUGAGCCAACUCUUGAAGAUCACUUUGACAAAUCAAUCCUUCCCCAAGUCAUGCAGGUUAAGAACUUUGGCAUGGCUGGCCGUACAAAAUACACUCAUUUGGUAGAUCAAGACACCACCACAUUGGAUAAUCCUUGGACUGAGGUCACUCCUAUUAAUCUCAAGUUCCAGUCUAAAGGAGGCGGAGUCAGUGAAAACUUUCAUAAACCAACAAGAAAGAAACAAAGAACAGAAUAAAAACACCUUUUCAUGUAUUAUAAAAAUAAUUAUUAUUUCAUUUUAA